GCUUCUCGGGCCUCCGUAGUACCCGCGGAGCCCCGCCCAUCCACGCGGACGUCCGCUGCCAUGGCGACCCUGCUGCUGCUCCGCUCCCUGCGCCUCCACCGCCGUCUCCGGCACCGUCCGCGGCCCGCUGUAGAUGUACCCCUCAGGGCCGAAAGCCAUGGCGCCCGCCUGCUGUACCCGGACCACAUCCCUACCACCCCGCUGCAGAAGAUGCUGCUGGCUGCGGGCGCGGCGGGAAUGGCGCUCUACAACCCCUAUCGCCACGACAUGGUUGCAGUUCUAGGGGAGACCACAGGAUGCCACACCCUGAAAUUCCUCAGGGAUCAGAUGAAGAAGGAUCCAGAGGGUGCCCAGAUUCUACAAGAGCGUCCCCGGAUCUCCCUGUCUACCCUCGACCUGAGCAAGCUUCGGAGCCUGCCUGAAGGCUCUCUGGGCCGUGAGUAUCUUCGCUUCCUGGAUGUGAAUAAGGUCUCUCCAGACACACGAGCACCUACGCGCUUCGUGGACGAUGAAGAGCUAGCCUACGUGAUCCAGAGAUACCGCGAGGUGCAUGACAUGCUCCACACCCUGCUGGGCAUGCCCACCAAUAUGCUCGGAGAGGUGGUGGUAAAGUGGUUUGAGGCUGUGCAGACUGGCCUACCCAUGUGCACCCUGGGAGCACUCUUUGGACCCAUCCGCCUCCGUACGCAGAGCCUCCAAGUGCUGUUCUCAGAGCUGAUCCCUUGGGCGAUUCAGAACGGGCGCAGGGCCCCAUGUGUCCUCAACAUCUACUAUGAGCAGCGUUGGGACCAGCCCCUGACAGCCCUGCGGGAGGAGCUGGGCAUCAGUCCUCCCCCAAAACAUAUCCAGGGCCUGUCCUAGCCUGAGCUGCCACACAGGGAGGACUAAACUUUCCUCUCCACACACUGCCUUCCUUGGGACAAAAGAGCCUCUCAGCUGCUUUUGUUCUUCUCUUUGAACCUUGAACUCAGAGUGUCACUUAUAAUUUUUAUAGUCAUUGCUGCCAAACCUUCAGGGCCAGCCCAGGAGAGAGAGGCGGAGCAGUGGGGCCCCAGCCUGCUGUGAGCCAUCUGGAGAGAGCAGUAUGUGUCCCUGGAACAGCCAUGUUGGAUCAUACUGAUCAUUGAGGUCUGAGGCCCCUCUUCUGGACAGUGACUCUGACAGGGCAUUUUGUCAAGCUGUCUUCAAAAGCUUGACUACUACAUCGUGUUACCAAGCCCUGAGCAGAGUGGUGGGGAGGAGAAGGCGUCUCUGCUGUCUGAAUAAAGCUCCCAUCAGGCCUAGA